AUGUAUUUAUAUUUACAUGAAGACUAAGACAUUGCACCGCCAAUUGUUGAAGAGUUAAUCUUUGAAAAUGAAAAAUAAGAAUAGUUUGAAGAAGGUUAUUCGAAAGAAUAAUCAAUUCUUUUAUAGCUAGAGAUAGAUUAUUUCUAGAGAUCAGAAUUCUUUUAUAUCUUAGUUCAAACAUUGAAUAUCACGGUCUAAAAAUUUAAAGAAUUUAUAUCCCAAAAACUUUAAGAUUUUUCGGAAUUAAAACUCUGGUCUUUAUUUUAUUAAAAUAAUGAGUUAAAAAAUCAUUUAGAACUUAAGGAUUAUCUAAUUAUAAACAAUUCUAUUCUAAUUAUUAGGCCAAAAUAUAUUAAAAUCUCGAUUUAUUAUGUAUAAAAAGGAAAAAAGUAUACUCUGGAAUGUGAUUUAAAUCUGAGUGUGUAUGAUUUAAUUUGCAUAUUACAAGAGAGGACGAGUGAAAGAGAAAUAAGUCUAUAUAUUUAACAAGAAUUUCUUUGUGAGAAAAAAACUUUGAGAGAUUAUUAAGUUAGGGAUGGUUAUUGUUUGUAAAUGUAUGUAAAAUAGUAUGGUGGUGGAGGUGGUAAAAUUAAAAAUAGCUAAUUAAAUUAUUAGCAAUAGUAAUAAUCAAUUGUAAAUGAAUCUAAUAUAAUUGAAAAUAGCAAAUCAACUAAUUAGCAAUCGUAAUUUUCUAUUCUCCUAAACAAUGAAAUAAUCCAGAUAACAAUAAUAACAAAAUAAUCAAGCUUCAAGCUUUCUGUUAUAAAGGGUUUAAAUGCAAAGGAAUUGAGAGAUUUAAUUUAAUUAAAUUAAAUUAUUUCAAAAACAGAUUUACUAAUUCUAAAUGGGGCUAUUUUAAAUGAAAAAUUCGAUUCAGAAGCACCUUUGAAUUUAAAAAGUUUUGUUAUUUAUGUAAUACCUUUGGUAUUAGGAGGUAGCUGCAUGAAAUUUUAUAUUGAAAUAAAUGCUCUUGAAAUAAAAGAUUUAUCUGAUUUAAAAGAAUCACUUAAUUUUGUCUCAUAUAAUAUCGAUGAAUUAUUUUAGAAUGUAUUGGAUUAUAUAAAAUCUAACAAAACAAAAGCUAAAAUAUUCCAGAAAUUUAAAUUACAUCAAUUGGUAGCUAUUAUGUUAUGGACAGGUAAUAAAAUAUUUAAAAAACUGAAUGAAGAUUUAGGAGUUUAUAAAUAUGAAAAUUGGAAAAAAUAUCUUAAAUGUUUGUUGGAUGGAUUGAAAUGCUGUGAUUAUUACAGAGGAUUAUGCUAUAGAGGUAUGAAAAAUUAUCAAAAUACUUAGAUAUAUUCAAAAGGUAAAAUAAUUUAAUUUCCUUAAAUAUUGUCUUUUUCAUAGAAUUAAAAAAUAGCUCAAUAAUUUUCUAACAAAGCUGGAAUGAUACUUUAAGCAGAACUAGUUAGCUCCAAAAAUAUACUUUAAUUAUCCUUAGUACCUGAAGAAGAGGAAGUACUUUUGGUUCCUUUUACUUGUUUUAAAAUAAUAGAUGUUUAAAUUUCUAAAAUGUAAUCAAUAAUUGUUAAAAUGAAGGAAAUUGUAUAGCCUCAAUAAUUAAAGAUUAUACUUUGGAUUGAUGAAAAUCCAGAAAAUAACUAUAUUAUUGCUAAAAAAUUAGAAUAGUAAAAUUCAAAUUUGUAGAUAAUCUUUAGCUUGUCAACAGAAGAUGCAAUUUAAACUUUAUAAAUGUACAAAUGGUUUGUUUACUCUUAAUAAUCACAAUUUAAGAUUAUAAGCGAUAUGGUAAGAGUUGAAUAAGGUUAAAUGAAUUACUAAGCUGGUAUAGAUUUAUUAAAUCAACUUCAUAAUAAAUUUAAUUAUAAGAAUGAAAUUCUAUUUUUCGUUAAUGAUGUGGAACAAACCAAAAGUAUGCUAGAUAAAAUUCAGGUAAAAAACUUUUUAAUAACAAAUAAACUUAAUAUUUUAGAAAGGUUCAUUAAUAAGGAAUGA